UCUGCUGGGCGAACCGCCCAAGGACUUCAAGAUUCCACUCAACCCCUACUUAAACCUACACAGCCUUCUUCCCGCGAGCCAACUUGGGGGUGGAGCCAGCAAAGCCUUCAGCCUGAAGGCCGGUGUCUUGGGCAACGCCUCCAAUCCCAGAAUUCCACAGGCCUCCCUGCCCGACUCCAUGCUUCCCUCUCCCGGGAUGGCUGGAGACACCUGCGUGUUCGACUAUCAGCACAUGUCGCCGUCGGCCAGCUUUGAGCGGAACAGCCUGGGGGCUCCCCUGCCUCCUUUCUAUUCCGGAUCCCCGACUUCCUACUUCACCAGCGGCCUUCAAGCAGGGCUCCGGCAGAGCCAUCUGAACAAAGCCGUCGGCAUGCCCCCGGUGGGCACGGGAGACAGUCUGACGGGACUCGGGCCAGGCGGUCACUCGCACAGCACCCACCCAAAGACCCCCAUCGGUGGCCAGAAGCGCGCCUUCUCUCACCUGCUCCCUUCCCCGGAGCCCAGCCCGGAAGGUGGCUACGUCGGCCAGCACUCUCAAGGCCUCGGAGGGCACUACGCAGACUCCUACCUGAAGCGGAAGAGGAUAUUUUAACCCACGCCUUUUGCUACUGAAGCGCUCACUUCUUCUUCCCACCCUACCCCUACCCCCGCCCAGAUUCAGGUGUAUAGAUUUUGUACAGACGUGGGGUUUUUUUUAAUGUUUUGCUUUAGGGUUUUUUUGUUUUUUUUAAGCCUGUUUGGAAAGGACUUGACUUUCUAGACUUGGGGACGGAUUACAAGUACCUUCCCGGGUUCCGAAGCGAACCCCGCGGACUCCUGGGGAACAGUGCCUUUCGGGGGGCA